AUGUCUAAUACGACCAGCUCUGUGAAAUACUGGACUCGCUCAAUGGAAAAGGCAAAUAUUGAACUCCAUAGAGAUCCCAAAACAUUCAAAACAUCAGUACUGAUCACGGAGCUUUAUACAACUAAAACUCGAAACACCUGUGUUGAAUUUGUACAGCCAUUUCCUAAUACAGAUUAA